CUACUGAAUGCGAGGAAAGAAACUGCCAAAUGGUAGGGAGUCACAACAUGCGGACUACACACAGAGCAAGCCACUCGCUCAGUCAUCUUCGAAUUGGCCAUCCCCACGUCCCCGCCAAGUGAGGCAUGGGCAUUCUAAGCCUGCACGGAUACUCCCUCGGGUGCUCCCCGUGACAUACGCGUUACGCCUCAAAUCGCAUCGCAAGAUUCACUUCGCAGGUUUCAAAAAAACACGUGUACGAGGCUGGACAACACAGACAGGGAAUGUCCGAGACUAUCUAUCUAUCCUGAACAGCCAGGGUAAAGUUCAGGAUCGGCAGAUUGUUCGUAGAAUCCCGAGAAGUGCUCUGCGCAAAACACUAGCCAAGAGUAUGGUUUGAAAUCGUACAGAGGAUAUACCGGCAACAGCACUGCACUGCGUUGCGCUGCGUGUUGGGUGUGUGGCUCAUGUAUUAUUGAUCACUUUGCAGGCAGCAGAUCAGCGCGGGGACUUCCCUUGUGAAUGGGGCGAAACUUGCCGGAGUGAGUAUGGGAGUAUCAUCUCGUGGGGUCAACUACACAAAGCUAGAAGUUAUCAUGAUGCUGACUACAGAUUUUUCACCAGAAAAAAAAGUUUAUUCCGGCCGUCGGCUCUUCCUGCUAGGAUUGAAUUACUGGAAUGCGUGGAUAGGAUUCGCGGGAGGCCUAUCUCGUACGCUCUGGUUACGCAGAGUAUUGACACGGGUUGAACAGAUCGGUCACGGAACUCCGUCGCAUUCGUGUGCAAACAGCUACUC